GGUGGCGGCGGCGGGCGGCGAGGCCGGCUGCAGGGCUGUGCGCGCCCCGCGGCGCUGCCUCCCCGGCCGGAGCCGCCCCGCGUGCUGAGGGGCCGGCGCGGACCCGCACCCAGGCUUUGCCUUAUGCCGGCUCGCAAGAUCGUAUCCGAGUGGCUGCGGUUCUGGUUCUGCUGUGUGGAUGUGGCCUCUAGGUCCCGACCGGCUUGCCCUGGAAAAUACUCCAAUCGCAGUACUUCAGAUCCUGCUGCAUUGCUGUCCAAAUCUGCGCUGGCUGACCCUGCCUCUGCAGCCUGGGGCUGAAACAAGCGUGUGAUGAGUUAUUUCCCCAGACUCUGCCAUUUUUUCUUCUGGAAACUGUGGCUAAAUGGAUGCAGCUGCAAUAGACAAAAUGUCAAUAGAAUAAGUUGCCUACCCACCAAUACUUGCCAUGAACCAUUUGGUUGGACCACUUGAGGGGGAGGUAAGUGAAGAGCCAGCAAACGGAGCAGUGAAUGAGUCGGUGGAGGCCGACCUGGAGCACUCAGAGGUGGAAGAGGAGCAACGGUAUGCAGCUCGCUACCUGAGACACACAGACAGCAGCCAAGGGGGCCAGUCUGGGCAGGAGGAGGAAGGGAUGCUAGCUCGAUCAGCCAGCACUGAGAGUGGUUUUCACAAUCACACAGAUACUGCUGAAGGGGAUGUUAUAGCCACAGUGGAAGAUAGUUACGAUACAGACAGAGUUCAGGAAAAUGAGGAUGAGAGCGCAUAUGCGGUGCAAUAUAGGCCAGAGUCUGAGGAGUACACGGAGAAUGCUGAGGCUGAGCACGGUGAGGCCAUUCACAACCGAACACUGCCCAACCAUUUACAUUUCCACUCCAUUGAGCACGAGGAAGCCAUGAAUGCAGCCUACUCGGGUUAUGUCUACACGCAUCGGCUCUUCCACCGAGGGGAGGAUGAGCAGUAUGCUGAGCCUUAUGCCGAUUAUGGACUGCAGGAGCAUGUGUACGAGGAGAUAGGAGACACGCCGGAGCUUGAUGCGAGGGAUGGACUUCGGCUCUAUGAGCGGGAAAGGGAGGAGGCGGACAAUUACCGCAAGGAAGCGCUUGGUGCCCGCCUUCACCAUUACGAUGAACGAUCUGAUGGAGAGUCUGACAGCCCCGAAAAGGAGGCAGAGUUUGCACCCUACCCAAGAAUGGAUAGUUACGAACAAGAGGAGGACAUUGAUCAGAUUGUGGCAGAGGUGAAGCAGAGCAUGAGUUCCCAGAGCUUGGACAAGGCAGCUGAGGACAUGCCAGAGGCAGAGCAGGGUUUGGAGCAUGCUCAUGUUCUUGCUGGGCAUGAAAGCAAUGGCCAGCUUCCCCCUGGUUCUCGAGUCACAUCCAGCUCUGGAGACUCCGUACAGAGGUAUAGCAAGGAAAAGAGAGAUGCAAUUUCAUUGGCCAUCAAGGACAUUAAAGAGGCUAUUGAGGAAGUGAAGACAAGGACCAUCCGAUCUCCUUAUACCCCUGAUGAACCAAAGGAGCCUAUCUGGGUGAUGAGGCAGGACAUCAGCCCAACCAGGGACUGUGACGACCAGGGGCCACUAGAUGGAGAUUCUCCAUCUCCAGAUUCCUCUUCACCUCGAGGUGCUGAAUCAUCAAGCAGGCAACAUCACCAGGAUGCCUGCAGUACAACAGAGCCCUCCACUAAUAAAGAGUCCAGAAAAAACUUGGCUUCAUUUCCAACCUAUGUUGAAGUUCCUGGACCUUGUGAUCCUGAAGACUUAAUUGAUGGAAUCAUUUUUGCUGCCAAUUACCUUGGCUCUACUCAACUCCUUUCAGAUAAAACUCCCUCCAAGAACGUGAGAAUGAUGCAGGCUCAGGAAGCUGUCAGCAGGAUCAAGGCUCCAGAAGGUGAAUCUCAACCCAUGACUGAAGUAGACCUCUUCAUUUCGACACAGAGAAUAAAAGUAUUGAAUGCAGACACACAGGAAACCAUGAUGGAUCAUCCCCUGCGGACCAUUUCUUACAUCGCAGAUAUAGGAAAUAUAGUUGUUCUGAUGGCGCGUAGACGAAUGCCACGGUCUAACUCCCAGGAUAACGUGGAAGCAUCUCACCCUUCCCAGGAUGGAAAGAGGCAGUACAAAAUGAUUUGCCAUGUAUUUGAGUCUGAGGAUGCACAGCUGAUUGCACAGUCCAUAGGUCAAGCGUUUAGUGUGGCCUACCAGGAAUUUCUGAGGGCAAAUGGAAUCAAUCCAGAAGACCUUAGCCAGAAGGAAUAUAGUGACUUGCUGAAUACCCAGGACAUGUACAAUGAUGACCUGAUCCACUUCUCCAAAUCUGAAAACUGCAAAGAUGUUUACAUUGAAAAACAGAAGGGAGAAAUUCUCGGUGUAGUUAUUGUGGAGUCUGGCUGGGGAUCGAUUUUGCCUACAGUUAUCAUAGCCAACAUGAUGCAUGGAGGACCAGCAGAGAAAUCUGGGAAGCUAAACAUUGGGGACCAGAUUAUGUCAAUUAAUGGGACCAGUCUGGUUGGCUUACCUCUCUCAACAUGCCAGAGCAUUAUAAAGGGUUUGAAAAACCAAGCCCGGGUUAAGCUGAACAUAGUUAGGUGUCCUCCAGUAACCACAGUCUUGAUCAGGAGACCAGACCUCAGAUACCAGUUGGGCUUCAGCGUGCAGAAUGGGAUUAUCUGUAGCCUUAUGCGAGGAGGUAUAGCAGAGCGAGGAGGCGUGCGUGUCGGCCAUAGGAUCAUUGAAAUCAACGGACAGAGUGUUGUAGCAACACCCCAUGAGAAAAUUGUUCACAUUCUCUCAAAUGCUGUUGGUGAGAUACAUAUGAAGACUAUGCCAGCUGCCAUGUACAGGCUGUUGACUGCUCAAGAGCAACCAGUUUACAUCUAAGGCUGACACCUCACCUUCACAAAGUGCAUGUUUUUCCUCGUUAGUGCUUGUGUCUCCAGUGCUGCAUUUUUGUGUCUGCAGAGACAUUUUUUCCUCUCUCACACACACAUGCGCGCUCUUUCUCCCUUCCUCUCUCCCUCCCUUUUUCUCCCAUUCCCCACCAUUUCCAUGUUUAUGGGGAACAGGGACAAUAUAUCCAGGGACUAUUUUGGUUGCAUCUCUUCACAGGUGAAGCUUUAUGCAGUUCCACAUGCAGAAUAGGCAAAUAACAGCAGCAGUGUUCACAGCUGGGUUCACAAAAAGGAUUAACUGUAUUUUGUGCUACAUAGUCAGUUUUAUUUCUGUGGCUACAAUUCAACAACAUGAGUAAGUGUUGCUAAAGGAAAGCUGACUUUAUCACAGACACAACCAUAGGGUAAAAUGCUCUGUUGGACACCAUGCAUGUUACUUUGCUUCUCUUCCGUGAUGUCCUACGUGUACUGAGCUCAGUGUUAAAGUUUUUUAUUUGUAGGGAAAGUAGAGUACCAAAAGGGUAAGUUUCAUGCUCAAUGAAGAAUUACAUGCUUAUGAAGAAUGAGUAAAUGCUGCUGUGGUAAAACCAACUGUCCAAAUGCACACCUUUUAAUUCCCCUCUGUCAUCACUUCUUCAGGAUAAUAGAACUCCAAGAGGUACUCUGGGACUUGUUGGAAUGUGUAACAAUUGCCCAAGUAAUUUGGAGAGACAUUUUUUACAGCUGCCCCUUCUCACUGCAGGUUUUUAUCUCUUCAUUUUCUUCUACUUUGUUUCUGAAUGCAACAUGUCUUUUAUAGUCCCCUGCCUAUUUUAGAAGUUAAAUGAAAUGGGGUUGGGGAGAGAUUCUUUAAAUAUCUACAAGAGAAACAGUAAGGGGUUCUCCUGAGUAGCUACUUUUUCUAGGCUCUUACUUCCAGAUUUGGUGCACACAGGCAUGUGUGCCAGUGUAUAUAGACAUUUUUAAAAUUGUGCUUGCUAUUUAUGAAGUUUGAAUAUAAGAGAUCUGCAUACCAUUCUAAGUAAUUUUGUUCUCUGAGCCAGUUUUAACAUAUAUUUUUGUCCAGAGACCUAAUUGUAUCAACUUUUUCUUUAGUUCAUGAGAUGACAGUGGGAGAAGUAAGGUGGGAAUAAAUUUAUUUAUUUUGUUGUGUAAGUAAGUAAGUUGUGGGGUUUUUUAUAUGUAUAACACUUAAAGGAUAUUUGCGUGUACUAUAUGCACUUGUAUGAAGAAAAUAAACUGUAGGAGUAUGAAAUGUAGGAUUUGAUUGGCCUCUAGGGGAAAAAAGAUUUUGUUUUUUGUCUUUUAAAAGGCAGAAGCUCUUCUUCCAAACAGUACCAAAAAAAAUCUUUAUUCUCUGUGGCUACAUUUUACCAGGGCUGCACACUUAUAUUUCCACCAAAAUUGAAUCAUACAUUUUGGCCAAGCUAAUGCCUUGUUUGUUUGUUUCCCUAAUGAACAGUUCUUGCUCUGUCUUACAGUGAUAGAAAGGCUCAGUGAAAUGCAAACAAGUACAGGACAGACACAUGCACACAAACACAAACACGCACACAUUCCAGCCCUCUGUUCUGGAAAUGUGGUGAUGGUUGUAGUCUUUUGGUCCUCCACGUGCUGUGGGAUGGGCUGUGCGGUGUAAGUGUUACUUGCAGACCACUAAUGAUACCUAGAGAAUUCUCCAUAGAUCUGUAGAUAUGAGGGUGUGUGGGGGGUGUGUAUGUGCACGCAUGCCUGUUUCUGUCUGUGAGAGCCAACGAGCUCUUGCUUUCCAUCUGUUGCCAGAAUUCCAUUUUGGCUUUCAAAAACCAUGGAAAUCCAUGGGCUAAUCAGAGAGAAAGAAUGAAUUUUGUAUUUCAUUGGGCAGUAAAUGUUUAAGGGAGGUGACGGAAGAGUGCAUCAAUGUUGUAGUAAGUGAAUAUUUUUUAAUGUGGUAGUAAUGUACAAUGACUUGAUUUACUGUAUUUCUUGUUAUAAUUUAAUCCCAAUUUUGGAAUAGCAGAUUGCACAAGAAAGUAGUAUUAGUAUUUACCUCUGCUACCAGAUUGAUGCAAAUACAUAGUGAAUGACUUGUGAGUAUUUUGAGACAUUGGUUUAUGAUGAUCAUUUGAAUUUUUUUCAGAACGUUCCAUAUAUAUAUAGUAAUAUAUGUAAAUAUGAUAUAAAAUCUGUGUACAAUUCAGAAGAUUAUAUACAGUGCAGCCUUUACAUAAGUUGCCUGAGGAAAUUCAGCAAACUCAUGCAGACAAAGUUACCAUGCUUCUGAUUCCUGCUAUGUUUAUGCCCUCAGCUCCACUUGUUGCUUUUGUGGUUCUGUCCAAUGCAUGUGGCAGGGUCUGGUUCACUUCAUAGUAAAUCACAAAUAGGUGCCUAGCAUUAAGGGAGUGAAUACUUGCAGGUUCAGAGCCUGGUAAAGAAUCUGAGUUGUUCCAAUCACAACAUCUGCGUAAGACUGCUAUGCUGGGAGGUCUGUAGUGUGCAUGUGCUCCCAGUAAGUAAGUCUUGUAAGCAUUCCCAUUUUAGUUUGUAAAGGGAAAGCGUUUUAAGAAGAGUGAGCUCAAAAGGGAUAGCUGGCAUUUCGCUAGACUAGUGCAGCAUUUUGCUAGAGUAUAUAUGUGAAUUCUUAAUGGAUUCAAAUGAACAAACUGCUGUUUUACAUUCCUUCUUCAGUGAUAGGCCUGAAAUUCUUCUUCCCUUCUUCACUGCUUCAUAGAGUCUAAUGAACUCUUCAAUGUUUACAUUAAGGAUGAAAUAUCCUUUACACUUUUUUAUUGGCAAGUUUCAUGCUUUUUUUUUUUUUUUUUUUUUUUUUUUU